AUGUAUCAACCAAAUCAAAAGUCGGAACACGACCAGUUCCCGCUACAGGACACUCAGUUCUCCAAUCAGCCUCCCGUCACUCGUUCGCCCUUUGAUGAUGACCAUUAUCCAGCAGAUCAGCACAUGCCUCAAUACGAUCAUCAGCCUUUGCUUGCUUCUAGCAUGCCUCCUGGUCCUCCUGGCUAUCCACCUGUAAAUAACCCUCCAUACCCACCUAGCCCUGGAGAUACAUCGCCUUAUCCUUCCUACAGCAACAACUCUAGCUCUCCUACUAUUCCACAGUAUUUCAAUCCACCAUCACCCAACAUGCACUACGGUGAAGCACCUAGACGUCAGCCUCGUCGUUACAAGACAACCAGACAAGUCAAAUUGACCAAGGGUAACUUGGUGUUGGAUUGUCCAGUUCCCACCAGCUAUUUGCAAGACGUGCCCUUGAAGGAAGGCAAAGAAUUCACACAUAUGAGAUACACAGCUGCUACUUGUGAUCCCAAGGAUUUCGUCAAUGAAGGCUAUACGCUCCGUCAACAGAUGCUCGGCCGCAAAACCGAGCUAUUCAUUGUCUUGACCAUGUACAACGAAGACGAAGUCUUGUUUACCCGUACAAUGCAUGGUGUGAUGAAGAACAUUGCUCACCUCUGUUCUCGCGAUCGUUCAAGCACUUGGGGUCCUGCUUCAGGUGGACCUGGAUGGCAUAAGGUCACUGUCUGUAUUGUGUCGGAUGGUCGUAACAAGGUCAAUCCUCGUACAUUGAACGUACUGUCCUUGUUGGGUGUGUAUCAAGAAGGUGUGGCCAAGAACGUGGUGCACGGUAAGCCUGUCACUGCCCACAUUUACGAAUACACAACACAGAUCUCUGUCAACCCCGAUAUGGAGGUCAUGAAGGCAGGAUCCAAGAACGUGGUGCCCUGUCAACUGCUAUUUUGUCUCAAGGAAAAGAACCAAAAGAAAAUCAACUCCCAUCGUUGGUUUUUCCAAGCCUUCGGUCCUGUGGUCGAUCCUCAUGUCUGUGUGCUGAUCGAUGUGGGUACAAAGCCCGGUGGUACUUCUAUUUAUCAUCUCUGGAAGGCAUUCGAUAUCAACUCCAACAUUGCUGGUGCCUGUGGUGAGAUUCGAGCUAUGGCGGGUACAGCAGGUGUCGCUCUGCUGAACCCCUUGGUGGCUGCUCAGAACUUUGAAUACAAAAUGUCCAACAUUCUGGAUAAGCCUCUUGAGUCUGUGUUUGGUUAUAUCUCCGUGUUACCAGGUGCAUUUUCUGCUUAUCGCUUCAAGGCCCUUCAAAAUGAUGUGGAUGGCCAUGGUCCAUUGGAAAAGUACUUUUUGGGUGAGACGCAACACGGUGGUGAUGCUGAUAUCUUUACUGCCAACAUGUAUCUGGCUGAGGAUCGUAUUUUGUGUUACGAGCUGGUGGCUAAGAAGAAGGCUCACUGGGUGUUGCACUAUGUGUCUAGCUCCUAUGGUGAGACUGAUGUGCCUGAUAAAGUGGAUGAAUUUAUUUCGCAGCGUAGACGUUGGUUGAACGGUUCCUUCUUUGCUGGUAUCUAUGCGCUGUACCAUUGGCGUAAGGUGUGGGCUUCAGAUCAUUCUUAUAUCCGUAAAAUGAUGUUCAUGUUUGAGGAUCUUUACAACACCUACAACUUGAUCUUUUCGUGGUUUGCUCUCGGUAACUUUUACCUCACCUUCUUCAUCCUGACACGUGCGCUUGCUCCCGCUGAAGACGGCCAACCUGGUCUCACUCAUGCUCCUUUCUCUGCCAACGUUGCCAAUCUCUUACAUAACAUUCUCAACUACAUUUACAUUAUUUUGCUCGUCGUUCAAUUCAUUAUUGCUCUCGGUAAUCGUCCUCAAGGCUCAAAGAUUGCUUACACAGGCUCCAUGGUGUUCUUUGCGCUACUGAUGAUUUACAUGAUGUUUGCUGCUAUUUGGAUCACUGUCGUUGGCGUCACUACUAUUGUGGAAGACUCUGAUGGUCAGUUCAUUGCUAUGCUGGGCCAAAGUACAUUUAGAAACAUCAUCAUCUCGCUCUGUUCUACCUAUGUCAUGUACUUUGUCGCCAGUUUCUUGUUCUUGGAUCCUUGGCACAUGUUUACCAGUUUCAUUCAGUACAUCCUCUUGUCUCCCAGUUAUACCAAUGUGCUCAACAUUUACGCAUUCUGUAAUACUCAUGAUGUGUCUUGGGGUACAAAGGGUGAUAAUACAGUGGCUACUGAUUUGGGUGUGGUCAAGGCCAAGAAGGAUGGAUCUGGUGAUUUGGCUGUUGAAGUCGAAGUGCCCACAGAGGAAAAGGAUAUCAAUGCUGCCUACAUUGACGCACAAGUAGAACUAUCAAAGAAGGUGGAGCCCGAGAAGUCGCAUCGUGAUGCCAAGACCAAACAAGAGGAUUACUAUAGAUCUUUCCGUACUAGACUUGUCUUGUCAUGGAUUAUUUCUAAUUUGGCUUUGGUAGUUGCUAUCACAAACACCUCUGUGAUUACCACUGGUGAUCGUUCUGCUGCUUAUCUUGGCUUUGUGCUUUGGUCUGUUGCUGGCUUGUCGUUGAUCAGAUUCACUGGUUCAACAUUGUACCUUAUUUUCAGAAUCUUUACUGGAUAA